GUUUGAGGAAAGUGAUGUUUUCUGAACAUUACAGCAUGUAAACCUUUUCAUGUAGUAACACAAAUUACAUUUAGGAACUCUGAAUAUAUAAUUUGUCUCCUUUAAAUAAAGAUUUAUUCUCUUCUCUUUCUCUUCUUUUCUCGUUGGAUAACAUUUUUCCAACAUGGCAUGUACUAUAAACAUGAAAUAUACAAUGUACGUGUGGAACAGGUGAAUUCAGUCAGUUUACCUUGUGGUGUGGAGCCUAACUGUGUGUAAGAAGACACUGGGUGGAGCGAUAAGCAGGUAAAUAUUUACCCAAGCUGCAGCAGAGCUGAGGUGGAGCAGGAUGAGGUCCGGCUCCUGAGCUUUCUUCUUCCUCUUCAGCCGGAAAAUCUUUAAUGGAGAGAUUAAUGAAAUCUCUCUGUGGACCAUGGAUUUCCUGAAGCUGUGCUUGUGUGUCUGUCAUCUGUUUUGCCUCAGUGUGCAGGUUGCCUGGGCUGUAGACGAGGUGACUCUCCUGAAUCCUCCAGAGGAGCCUGUACCGGACCACGCUCUGGACAUCCUCUACUCCUGUGAUGAACCUGCCACCGUACAGCUGGACUGUAUCAUCUCCUUUGACACCGGCAUCACUUCCACACUCCUGCUCAGACAGUGGCGCUGCUUCCCUGGUGACCACAGAACAAGGAGCGUGGAGCUGAACCUGCCCGACUGGCUGGUGUACCAAGCUGAUGGGACUGUUACAGACUCUCAGUGGGUGCUGAGCUGCUUCCUCCAAGCCUCGCUCAGAUACGGUGGAUUUGACGACACCGAGGAGGAGUUCGUCGCAGCCCAGGAUGUUGCGAGGCUGCAGCCUAAGGCCUUCUUCAGUCGGCCCCUCAAACGGCAUCAGCUCUGUUUCCCCUGGAGCUCAGAAAUACUGAAAUUGACGAAGCAGUUUUUAAAUAAACAAUGUCCUAUAGAGGAAGAAACGGUGCAUUUGCUGUCCUCAAUUUUUGCGUCAACCGGAGAAAACUUUGGUAUCACCAAGACUCUGGAGCCGUACGGCAGCGAGGUCCUGGAGCAUUUCCGGGUCAAAGCCGUCUCCUUCCCCUGGUGUUUGUUCUCCGUCUGGAUAUUUGUGAGCAGACGCUGCCAGGGAGGGCUGUGUGGCGUGUUCCAUCACAUAAACUCUGAGAACGACUACGUCUCUCCUUCUCUGUACCUCACACAUUCAGGCCAGCUUCACAUGCAGAUGAACGGAGAGUCCGAGGAGUCCUCUGCCUUCCUCUCCCCAUACAAAGUGCCUUUACAUGAGUGGUGCCAACUCAGUGUGAGGUUGCAGGGUAGAAGAGUGAUCCUCUCCAUGGUUUGCGUGGAGAAGGAGCAGAGAACGGUUCGAUCUACAGAACAUGUGCUGAGUCAUGAUGUCAGGCUGGAUGACACCGAGGGAUAUUUUGUGAUCGGAGGAGGGAAACAUGUCAAAGGCGUGGAAGGGUAUUUCGGACCAUUGGUUUACUACCGGAACCGAGUCCCACCUCACGGCCUGACGGAUGUCGUCGUUCCAGAUGUUAUCCAGGACCUGGAUCUCACAGGGUGGCUGCAGAAGUGUGACGAGUUUCGUUUCGAGGUGAACGUGAAAAUCAGUGGCUAUUCUCGGAAGGCCCAACCGAUAGAAUCAGAGGCCUGUUUUGAUGCUUUCCAUAAGUGGCUGAUAAAGGACAAACUGCCACUGAAUACCCAGUGUGAGCCGUGGGAGAAAAGUGUCCCUCGCAGGAGACAAGCUGCAAAACUGUCCAAGUUGUUUGCUUUCAAACACGGAGGAAAGAGGGUGAGCUCGGCAGCUGUGGGCCGAGCGCUGUUCUCCUUAUCACUUCAGAAGCUGGGCAGGGCGAGCAGCGGCGCAGUGGUCAGCACAAUCCUGCCACUGCUGCUCCAAGCCGGCUGCCUGGCUGAUAACAGAGCUCUGCGCAUGUCGUCUGUGCUCUACAGCAGCGGCCUGGGCGUCGAGAAGCAGCUCCCUAAGGCUUGGCUUCUCGCCCUGCUGGCCGCUCAGAGGGAUGAUCGAUUAGCACUGCUGCAUCUCGGCAACUGGCACCACCGGGGGCUUCACGGCCUCCCCACAGACCCCGACCUGGCCUAUGCGUAUUAUGCCAACAUCGCCAAGCAGACAACUUUAGAUAAUCUGAAUCCCACACCAGAGCAGACGUUUGUUGAGGCUGUUUACUUGAACAAUGAUGAGGCGUUGAGUCUCCAGACCAACGAAAAGCAUCAUAUCUUCCAGUGGCUGAAACUGCAGGCACGCAGGGGGACGUCUGAAGCCGAGCAAGCUCUUGCCCGCAUGCUGUUCUGGGGUCAGCGGGGAGUGACUCCUGACAUCCAGCAGGCUGUGAGACACUACGAAAGAGGAGCUGCGCGGGGGGGGGACCCGGAGGCAAUGUAUGACUAUGGCAUCAUCCUGCUGCAGGGUCAGGGGGUUGAAAAGGACGUUCCCAAAGCUCUCACGUUCCUCAAGAAAGCAAUGGACAAGGGUUUUGUCCCUGCGAUCAACGCUCUGGCCUGGUACCACGAGCAGUUUGAACAGGACUACACACGAGCCGUGCAGCUGUGGGAACAAGCCGACCUCCUCGAGAGUCCAGACGCGGCUUUGAAUCUGGGUGUUAUGCACUUUCAGGGUCUUUACCCUGGAAAACCUGCUAACCAGUACAUGGCGUAUAAGUACUAUCGGAAGUCUGCAGAGAGAGGGCACAUCAGGGGAGCGCUUCUCCUCGCAGACGUCUGGACCACUGGGCUGCCCGGCUUCGUCAGCAGACGUCCAUCAGACGCCGUCUUGUGGGUGAGGUGGGCAGCUGAGCACAACGGACACCUGGGCAGUGUCUUGAGGAAAGCCUUGGAUUCGUAUCUCAGGGGCGACAUGUUCAGCUCACUGUUACAUUACAUGAUGGCUGCUGAGUGUGGCUACGCGGCUGCACAAUUCAACGUGGCUUAUCUCUGCGAACAAAAUGCAGGACGUUUUCUGGAUCCUGCCUUUGCGUCGCAGUGCAUGUGGAGAUACUACAACCUCACAAUCCAAAGUCAACAUCCCGACUCUUACGCUCUGAUCAGGAUGGGCGACCUGUUGUACGAGGGGCAGCUCGACAGGCAGAAAGAUAUGUUUUCUGCGGCGGAGAUGUACAAACGGGCAGCACUGAGGAACGAGCCACAGGGAUGGUACAACCUUGGCCUCCUUGCUGAGGAGGGUUACAGGCUGCCGCUGUCAGUAUUGACUGAGCUGGGCCUUUCAGAGCUGUACCUGGCAGAUCGCAGUCUGCUUCUGAGUGCUUUAUAUAAAAGAUGCAGAGACUCGGAGGAUACAGAUUCCUACUUGCCUUGCAGUCUCGCCCUCUACAAUGUUCAUCUUCAAAUGUUUCAAAGGGAUUAUAGUGCUGCUAUUAAGUUCUCCACUGCUGUUGCCGUGGUUGCAGCUCCAACGAUAUUCUUCAUCACCCUCGGUGUGUUCCGGAGACGUGUCCUGUCUCAGCGAGAGGCGUGACUCUCAUCAUGUUUAACAGCAAAGUCAAACCAACAGCGCAGCAAUAUUUAUAGUUUACAUGAUGUAGGUUUACUGGGGCAACACCACAAAGAUGAACUGUGAUUAUUAUCUCUAUGAAUUCUGCUUGUUUUUAUGAAAUGUCUGAUGUGUGUUUGUGUUGUUAAAAGAAAGUACAGACUGUAAAUUGAUGUGAGUGAACAAUAAAGAGCCUCGUGAAGA